CAACCCUCCACCCUCCACCCUCCCUCCCACCUCCUACUGCCACUACACCACCACCACCAACACACCACCGCUGCCAACACCACCACCGGUGCCGCGACGCGCUACCGCUCAUUCCUGCUGCCUCUUGCAUUCAUUCGCCGUGAGCUUCGUCACUCACCUAUCUCACGCCGUGCCCAGCUUCCGACUGCCUCAUAGAGCUUGGGAAUCCCCCUCUGCCUCUCUCAUCCUACCCGACCCGUCUCUCGGUGUAUCCCUACCUCUCCCCGGACCCCGAAUCCUGCUGCUCUCUCGAUCAUUACCCCCCUCUCCUGCUCCUGUACUCGCGUCCUUGCUCGCUCGGAAAGAGAGAGAGAGAGAGAGAGAGAGAGAGAGAGAAUACGCGUGACCACCGCUUUCUUAUCAAUCUAUCUAUCCACACCUGCCCGGCCACCUGCCUACCUACCUGGCACAUACCUACCUAGGUACUUAAGGAUCUGGGUCGCUCCCAGGCAAACCCUGCCCUGCCCGACCUGACCCCAACCACCGCCUCCUCACCCGAUAUACCGCCGGCUCGCAGGAUGGUCCUCUGCCACCUCCAGCUCAUCUCGCUGAAGCCCGGUGUCACGCCGGCCGCCUUCCUCGGGAAGCUGCGGCGGGCGGGCGUGCGGCCCGUUGUCCGUGGUCGCGUGGUACGGUGGAUGGUGCUGCCCACCCACCUGUCCACCGGCCACCUGCUGAGCCGCAACCUGCAGUGGGACCUGCUGCUCGUGCUCGAGGACAAGGAGCAGCGUCACGGCGACGACGACGACCGCGGGGAGCCGCGCGAGCCCGCCUCGCUCCUCCCCCACGACGUCCGCCGCGACGUCGCCGCCGCCUGGAGCGCCAGCUGCGGCGUCCCCGCCCACGCCCUCGCCGGCUACUCCGCCGCCAACGCCGCGCUCCUGCGGCCCCCCCUCGGCGCCCGCGUCGUCCCGCCCCCCGAGCUGCCCGAGGUCGACUCCCCCGUGCCCGCGCGGCAGUUUCCCUCCUCCUUCUCCUCUCACUCUUCCCAUUUCUCGCACUCCUCAUCCCCGUACCCGGGCGACUCCGCCAGGUGGUCGGCCGCCGCCCAGCGCGACCUCGACUUCGAGGCCUCGCUCGAGAUGGGGGAGUGGAUCGCUAGCUUGCCCUCACCGCUGCGCGAGCAACCCGUCACCAUGGUGAGCCUCGUGGCGUUGCGGGCCGGCGAGCGGCACCGCCGCCGCCAGCACCGCGACGACAGCAGCCGAAGCCGCGGCGACGACGAGAGGGGGGCCGCCCCACGCCACGGCCGGGGCGCGUCGGCCGCCGCGCCGCUGGCCAACGACGCGGGGGCCCGCCACGGCGCGCGCGUAAAGCUCUCGGGCGAUGUCGUGGCGGCCGGCGGUGGCAGCGGCGCCGUGGCCGCGCGCGUCGGCGACGCCGGCUGGGACGAGUUCGCGCUCGUGCACUUCCCCUCCGUCCAGCACUACGCCGCCAUGGCCGCUACCGCCGACUACCAGGAGGCGAGUCGGCGCUACCGCCUGCGCACGCUCGAGGACGCGCUCGUGCUCUGCGUCCUUGAGGUCGACGACGACGGCGUCGUCAUCAAUCUCCAAUCGACGAGCAGGGAGAGACUGUGAGCGAAGGGAUGAGUAGUAAAGUUGGCUGAUUUGUGCUCCGGGUUAGGGAGAGAGGGGGAGGGGGAGAACAGAGAACGGUGGCGAGGG